GCUACCCUCGUCCUCCUCGUCGGAGACGACAUACGACACGGCGGGACUCACUCCACCUGCGCGCUUUUUCCCAAUCGUCAAACCUUCUCCUUCAUCAUCAUCGUCGUCCGCAACUGAAACCGAAUUUUGAUGCAUUUGUGCAUUUGGCAGCAGUUUCCAGGCUCAGUGUCACGAAUGCGACUCACAGCCAGCAACUAUCCUGUGCCGCAGGCUACGAGUUUGGGCGGAUCAGCGGGAGGAGUUUCGAGGGAUUUGCAAGGGGGGGAUUAGGGGACAGGAGAGGGAUUGAGCAUGCUGUUGUUGUUGCUGCAGCAGCAGCAGGAGCAGCAGCAUUUGUGUGAAGCGUGUGGGGAUUCCUGUGCCAAGAGUGCAGCAGCAGGAGCCAUGGUGAGGCCUAGAUCAUGUGGAAGAAGUGGGCGCUGUUUUUUGCUGUGCAUGUAGUAGUGGUCAGGAGGUGGAUCGAAGGUUGGGAGCGUGGGGAUUGCGGGGAGGGGCUCAGCUGCCUGUCACAAUGCGGGUCGCCAACGCGCCCAAACUGAUCGUGGAUGCGCUGCUGCAGCGCUUCCUGCCGCUUGCUCGCCGACGUGUGGACACUGCCCAAGCUCAGGAUGGGCAGUAUCUGCGAGCAUCAGAUCCUUCGUAUGAACAAGUACUAGAUUCCCUGGCUAUGGUGGCCCAUCAUACGCCAGUCCCACUUCUUGAGGCGCUCCUUAAAUGGCGAGACAGGUUUUUAUCUGCAAACUGCAGUGAAUCACCAAACCGGCCAAAUGAUGCUGCGACUUUCCAGAGGAAGCUGGCAGUGGAAUGUAUAUUCUGCUCAGCCUGCAUUCGAAUCGUAGAGUGCUGCCCAGCAGAAGGUCUCUCGGAGACACUCUGGGGGAUGCUUGAGAAACUCGCAUUUGAUUGGCUUAUUAAUGCAGACAGGGUUGUGAGCUAUGCAGAGUAUCCAUCUCUUGUUGAUUUGCGAGGGCUUCUUUUAGACCUUGUUGCACAGCUGCUGGGUGCUCUUUCUAGAAUAAGGUUCAGCUUUAUUACUGAGAGAUAUUUUGCGGAGCUGGUUGAGCGACGUUCUGAGACUGUAAGGAGCGAGACACUCAGCAUUAUACAUGGAAUGCGAUAUCUCAAACUUGAGGUGACGUCGGCUGCUGGGCUCAACGCCGCAACCUCUUUCAUAUCCAAGGCGAAUCCUCUUGAUGGAACUCCCACUAAGAAAAAAACUGAACUUCAUCAUGCUCUCUGCAACAUGUUAUCGAGCAUUCUUGCUCCUUUGGCAGAGUGCAAAAAGGGGGCUUGGCCACCUAGUGGAGGUGAUCAAGGUCAAGCUCUAAGACUUUGGUACGAAGCAAUGUUUCGAUUACGAUUCCAGCUUACGCAAUGGAUGGAUAAACAAAACAAGCAUUUUAUUGUUGGUUACCCUUUGGUGACGUUGCUCCUUUGUUUGGGGGACCCUCAUACAUUUAAAGAGUCAUUUAUUGGUCAUCUCGACCUUCUUUACAAACUUCUCAAGGAUAAAAUGCUUCGAACUAUGGCCUUGGAUUGUCUGCACAGGGUGCUGCGAUUUUAUCUUAAUGUAUAUGCAAAUAGUCAACCGCAUCAUCAAGUGUGGGAUCAUCUUCACAGUAUAUCUCAUCAGCUGUUGGCUAGCCUAAAGAAGGGUUCUCUUACCCAAGAUGUGCAGCAUGAUAAGCUUGUGGACUUCUGUGUAACUAUUGCUGAAGUUAAUCUCGAUUUCUCAAUGAAUCAUAUGAUCUUGGAGCUUUUGCGCAUUGAUAACAUGAGUGAAGCCAAAGUCAUCGGUCUUCGUGCUUUAUUGGCAGUAGUCUCCAGUCCAUCACAUCAUCGUUACGGAUCAGACACCUUUGGAGUAGAAGAUUUGCAUUCUUCUGCUACAUCUUCUCUUCGGGGUUCUCCUACGUCAUGGUCCUAUUCCUCUACGUCUUUACCGUCUCAAGCUCGCCAUUUGAGCUCAGGCUCCUCUAUUGGUGAUAUGGCAUUGGGGCACGAUAUAGGCCCUUUCAUUCCAAAGGUUCGAACAGCUUUGGGCUCUAUUAUCAAGUCAUGCCAUGCAACAUUCGGGAGUUUGUUGCUUACAUCCUCCAAGCCUUCAGAGCCUGGAACAAAAAUAAACUCACAGGGAUGGCUUGUAUUUCGCUGGGCCCUCAAGUGUGUUCCGCAUCUCAUUCCUGAGCAAUGGCAAGCUGAGAAGUUGACAGAGAUUAUUCCCGUCUAUGCUAUUAGUAUAGAGCCAGGUGUUAGAGAGGAAGCAGUUCAAGUUCUUUUCAGGACUGUACGAGAUCUGCCUCAAAGUAGGUUUGCUGUCAUGCGGGGAAUGGCUAAUUUUAUUUUGCGGAUUCCGGAUGAUAAGACGUUGCUAAUUAAUGCAUCCCUGGGGCGCCUAGUCCAGCUGCUACAUGCAUGGCGUGCAUGUCUUGCUGAAGAGGCUUCCUCUCAAUUUUCUCCAAAGAAACCUGGGAAAGCAGGUCAUCUAUCAACGUCCUCAACGCUAUUAGGGCUUGCUGAUGGUGAAAGGAGCAACUUUGAUCCAUCUGGCAUGGACGCAGUUGGUCUUAUAUUUCUUUGUUCCGCGGAAGUUCAGAUACGACAUACCGCAUUGGAACUUUUACGUUGUGUGCGCGCUCUACAGACUGAUAUAAAUCGCUACACUCUCAAAGACAUAGCAGGGAAUCCCUCUUCAUUUGUAAUUGAUGUCUUCGAGGAAACUGGGGACGACAUUAUCCAACGAUGCUAUUGGGACACAGGGCGAUGGCAUGAUCUUCGGCGUGAGUGGGAUGCUGCCCCUGUGGAUAUUACCCUCCAGUCUGUAUUAGAGAGUUCUGAUAAGGGUCGGUGGGCACGGUGCUUAAGCGAGCUAGUUACAUAUGUUGCAGAACUGUGCCCUAAUGCAAUACAAGGAGCCAGAUUGGAAGUUAUUACAAGACUAGGCCAUAUUACCCCUGUUGAUUUGGGUGGUAAAUCUGCGCAAUCACAUGAAAGUGAUAGCAAGCUUGACCAGUGGCACUUGUACUCUAUGUUUGCAUGCUCCUGCCCUCCGGAGGACAGUAGUGAUGGCUUGUUUCGUUCUGUGAAGGAAUUAUGCAGACUUGUAUUUCCUUAUCUCAAAUCCGGAAAUGAGGGGCAAGUUGCCGCAGCUACACUCGCUCUGGGGCAUUCAACUUUGGAGCUUUGUGAGCUCAUGUUGUCUGACCUUUCCAUAUUUCUUGAGGAGGUCGCAUCAGAGAUGGAAAGUCGACCAAAGUGGAAGAGUCAGAAGUGGAGGCGCGAGGAUGUUAGGGUGCAUGUGGCGGACGUGUAUCGUAUGGUGGCAGAGAAUGCGUGGCCUGGUGUACUGACCCGCAGGCCUGUGCUACGCAUUCACUUUCUGAAGUUCAUUGAGGAAACAGUGCGACAGGUGUCAACUGGGCCGUUUGAAAAUUUCCAUGAUAUUCAGCCUUUGCGUUACGCAUUAGCUUGUGUGUUGAGAUCUAUUUCGGUCGACAUGGUGAAGGCACAACCAGAGAGAUUUGAUCCUCGCAGCCGUAAGAAAUGGUUCGAUCUUCUUUCUUCAUGGUGUGAGGAUACUACUACUGGAUGGGGCCAGGAUGGUUCAAGUGAGUAUCGGCGGGAAGUCGAGCGCUAUAAAGCUGCUCAAAGUCUUAGAGUCAAAGACUCAAUGGAUAAAAAUUCAAUUGAAAAAGAAAUCAAUGAUAAAGUGGACGCAAUUCAAUGGGUAGCGAUGAAUGCCAUGGCAGCUCUUCUUUAUGGUCCUUGUUUUGACGACAAUGCUCGCAAAAUGAGUGGGCGUAUAGUAGCUUGGAUCAAUGGGCUUUUCUUGGAACCUUCUGGAAGAAUGCCAGCUGGUUAUUCACCAGCAGAUGCACGAAAUAUGUCUCCACAUUCCAAGUUUGGAAUAACAGGGUUUCUUGAAGGCAUGAGGAACGGUACUGGUCGAGACAAGCAGCGUGGGAGCCCAGCUCGAGUUCUCCUGGCAAAGACUGCUCUUAUGAAUCUGCUACAAAGUAAUCUGGACCUCUUUCCUGCAUUUAUCGACCAGUGUUACUCAUCAGACCCGUCUAUAGCAAACGGGUAUUUUACAGUCCUGGCUGAAGUUUACAUGCGGCAAGAAGUCUCCAGGUGUGACAUACAACGCCUACUUAGUUUGAUCUUGUACAAAGUUGUUGAUCAAUCACGGCAAAUCCGGGAUGAUGCAUUGCAAAUGCUGGAGACGUUGUCAAUUCGCGCAUGGGCCGAGGAGGGUGAAGAUGCAGGACGGUACAGAGCUGCUGUAGUGGGUAGCCUACCUGAUUCAUAUCAGCAGUUUCAGUAUCAAUUGUCGGCCAAACUAGCCAAGGAGCAUCCUGAGCUGAGUGAAUCACUUUGUGAGGAGAUAAUGCAGAGGCAGCUUGAUGCUGUUGACAUUAUUGCACAACAUCAGGUUCUUACGUGCAUGGCGCCUUGGAUUGAGAAUCUCAACUUUAGUAACUUGCUGGAAUCUGGCUGGAGUGAUCGUCUGCUUAAAAGCCUGUAUUAUGUAACUUGGCGGCACGGAGAUCAAUUCCCUGAUGAGAUAGAAAAAUUGUGGAGCACAGUGGCUAUACAAAGGCGCAAUAUCGUUCCGGUUCUCAAUUUCCUCAUUACCAAGGGCAUUGAGGAUUGUGAUUCUAAUGCAUCGGGUGAAAUCAGUGGUGCAUUUGCCACGUAUUUUUCUGUAGCGAAACGUAUAAGUCUCUACCUGGCCCGUAUUUCUCCUCAACAAACCAUUGAUCACUUAGUGUACGAGCUGGCGCAGUGUAGGCUUGAGGACCCACCUGAAGAGGUUAAAAGACCCGAUCCUUCUUUUGACAAUGAGAUAGCUAUAUUGGAAUUCUCUCAAGGUCCACUUAUGACACAAGGUGAUCCCUUAGCUCAUCUGACUGCAUUGGGGGUGAGAAGCUCAGUCGAUGGCACCACAAGGAAUGUGAGUGGUAAUUUGAGCUGGCGAACAGCCACAGGGCGAAGCAUGUCUGGGCCUUUGAAUCAGAUGCCGGAUCAGCUGAUUAAUGUCCAUGCAGGACGCUCUGGCCAACUGUUCACAAAUUCCGGACCAUUGAUGAACCUUUCAGGUCCUCUAAUGGGAGUUCGAACAUCUACCGGAAGCGUUAAGAGCCGUCAUUUAUCUCGAGAUAGCGGUGAUUAUUUCUUUGACACUCCUACUGCCGAAGAUAUCCGGACUAAUGCUCCAGGUGCAGGUGGUGGAGAUUCGCAAGCUCAUCACCACUGGCUUUCUCGAGCUGACAUUGCCCUUAUCCUGCUUGCUGAGAUUGGAUAUGAGAACGAUGAAGAUUUUCGUGGGCAUCUUCCACUGCUCUUCCAUGUUACUUUUGUUUCCAUGGACAGUUCCGAGGAUAUUGUACUUGAGCACUGUCAGCAGCUCUUAGUGAAUCUUCUUUAUUCACUUGCUGGACGACACCUUGAACUUUACGAUGAUGGUGAUAAAGAAUACAAACAACAAGUAGUUAGUCUUAUCAAGUAUGUCCAGUCCAAGAAGAGCAGCAUGAUGUGGGAGAAUGAAGACAUGAGUCUAACUCGGACAGAUCUACCUAGUGCCGCUCUUCUAUCAGCCCUGGUGUUGAGUGUUGUUGAUGCGAUAUUUUUCCAGGGAGAUUUACGUGAAAAAUGGGGAGAGGAGGCCCUGAAAUGGGCAAUGGAGUGCACUUCAAGGCAUCUCGCAUGUCGAUCACACCAAAUCUACAGGGCUCUUCGACCAAGUGUGACUAGCGAUACCUGUGUGUCUCUACUUCAUUGCCUCCAUCGCUGCCUCAGUAGUCCCUCACAACCAGUGUUAGGGUUUGUCAUGGAAAUAUUGCUAACUCUCCAGGUGAUGGUUGAGAUCAUGGAGCCAGAGAAGGUCAUACUGUACCCCCAGGUGUUUUGGGGCUGUGUAGCCAUGCUACAUACGGAUUUUGUUUAUGUUUACACCCAGGUCUUGGAGCUUUUUGCUAGAGUCUUAGAUCGGCUUUCUUUUAAUGAUCAGACAGCAGAAAAUGUACUCAUUUCAAACAUGCCUCGUAAUGAAGCAGAGAGAGACGAUCGAGAUUUAGGUCGUCUUGACUCGAAAGGCUUUUAUCUUGGUGGUGAAAGAUCCUUUGAAUCCUCAUCAAGACAAUCAAGCUUUCCACCUGCGAAUAGGGAAGAAACAGAUGCCGAAAAGGCCCCACCAUUUGAAGGUGUGCAACCUUUGAUUCUCAAAGGCCUCAUGUCAACGGUGAGUCAUGCAUCCGCUAUAGAGGUGCUGUCUAGAAUAACUCUUCAUUCCUGCGACCAAAUUUUUGGCAACUCAGAAACCCGAUUAUUGAUGCACAUUGUGGGAUUACUGCCGUGGCUCUGCUUACAAUUGCGGAAAGAGGAGAGUGUAGGAGCUCUUGAUCCAUCACCUUUGCAGCAGCAGCUACAGAAAGCAAGGUCAGUAGCAGCCAACAUUUCACAAUGGUGUGCUGCAAAACAGUUGGAUGAGCUUGGUUCAGUGUUUUUUGCUUAUGCGGAGGGGCAAGCAACAACAACCGAGGGUUUGUUGGAACAAGUAGCACCACUACUCUGCUCUGAAUGGUUUCCUGCACAUUCAAGUUUAGCUUUUGGUCAUCUUCUCCGCUUGCUAGAAAAGGGGCCAGUGGAGUAUCAGCGAGUCAUUCUUCUUAUGCUGCGCGCAUUGGUCCAGUACACACCAAUGGAAAGUGCCAGGAUCCCGCAGGUGUAUGCUGCCGUAUCACAUUUGGUGGAGAGUCCUCUUUGCAUGGAGGCUGUAAAUGUACUAGAGGCCGUAUUACAGAGCAGUACACAUGGGAAUAUACAUGUAGAGACACAUCCCAACAAUAAUCCCCAGGACAAUGGUAUAACUAACAACGUCCCCCGAAGCUAUCCUCGACGUCCUGAGGAUUCUCCUCAACGAAUCCUAGUUCCUACAAGCUCCUUCAAAUCGCGUAAUAGUAGCCAACAGUUAUGGGCUGGCCCUGUCAGUCCUGAAGCUGCUGACAUACUUCCAUCCAGGGAGAAAGCAUUACGAAACACUCAGUUGGCUCUUGGUCGGGUGUUGGACACAUAUGGCCCAGGAAGGAAACGUGACUACAAGAGGCUCGUGCCUUUUAUUACGAGUAAUUUACGACCUGCUAUAACUGAGCUUUGAAUAUUAUUUCCAACUUUGGUGCUCAAAUACUUGGCAAGCACUGGGAGUUCCAUGUGUCACUUGCAAUGAUGAGUUUUACAGCCCCGAUGCACUCCAAGUUAAUCGUAAAUUUUGGAACAUGGUUUGGGGUUUGCUUUUCCCUUUUAAUUUCCCAUCCCUCAAUCGGUGGCACAUUUGCCAAGGACAUAGUAUCUUAUAUGAUAAGGCUUCUUAUAUUAAUUAGGAGUUUAUUUCAGCUAAGUUUCCACUCAUGGCAUUUUGUAUCAGCUUAAUUUUCGAGGAUCUAGUAAUAUGGUGCCUUGCAUAGUGCGUAGCCUUCCGGUCCUAAUUUGAGGUGGCGAGGCGGAGAAAGCGGAAGUUUUAGGUUGUAAAUCUUGUAAAUGUUUUUUUGGAUGACACUUUUGGCCACUUUUUAACGUGGUUUCCUACAACAUUCUGAAAUAUUGUGUAUCUUCUUACAUGUAAACAUUUUUUGUAGAUAACAAUGGAUCAGGUUUACCUAA